CUCACUCUCUGUGGAGCCGAAUGCCGCCCAGCUCAACUAUAUAUAAAGGCGGGGGCAUCUGCCAGAGCAAUCACUUACUCUUUGGCAGUGCAAGUGCUCAUUAUUGCUCGUGCUUCAAGUGUGAUCUAAUUUGUGCUCAGAAAUGGCUCUGCUUAAGGCUUCGAUUGUGGCCCUGGCCAUGGUGGCCGCCGUGGUGGCCGAACCUCCCGUUCCCGGACCCCAGAACGCUUACCUGCCACCCACCACCGGCGGAUACAACUACAACAAGCCUUCACCCUCAUUCCAACCCACUCGCCCUGCAACCUUCACUCCUCCCCCUCGUCCCCAGAACACAUACACCCCUGCUCCCACUUUCACUCCCCCUAGGCCUGCUCCCAGCUAUGGACCCCCAGUCCCCCCUGCAGCCAACAACCCUUACCCUGCUGCCAUCAGGCCUCCCACAGACAACCAUGACCACGAUCACCACGAGCCCGGCAUGCCCUACGACUUCAACUACGCCGUGAAGGACGAUUACUACGGCACUGACUUCUCGCACAACGCCGUUUCCGACGGAGACGUCGUCCGUGGCGAGUACCGCGUCCUGCUCCCCGACGGCCGCACCCAGAUCGUCCGUUACACCGCCGACUGGAAGAACGGCUACAACGCUGAGGUCACCUACGAGGGCACCGCCAACUUCCCUGCACCCUCCAACAACGUCAACACCCAGUACGGCCCUCCCAGGACCGGAUACUAAAGAGCCCUUUUAGUAUUGCCAAGUCCAGUAUUCCCGCACCAGCAACCACCACCCGCAACGCUCUUGGUCGAACACUUUUCUGAACCGGCUAAAAUUCGAUUUCUCUUUCACUUCUCCUUCUUGGAAAGUUAAAGUUUUUUUGUAAAUAUAGACUGUGAAAGACGCCUGGGUGCCAACUUUUGGAUGAGAUUUUUUUUGUACUUCUCUUCAUUAAUCUGGCGUCUUUCAAGUCGGUUGUCAUCUUUUGCGAAAAGUGAUUUUUAUCAAAAGCGUCCGGGAUUAAAUCCGCACUUAAGGUCAUUUUCGGAUGCGCUUCUGCUUUUUGCGUGCGUUGCUGGUUGCAUCACCUACUCCCAAGGUUACCAUAUUAAUUUUAAGUGUCAUGCUGACCCCUGCGAUUGUGCUGAAUAUUUAUUUAUAAACGACUUUCUUAUUUCCUGCACGUUCGGCUAAACUAAUCAAUGAUUUUUUUAUUGUCAAAAUUUCAAAUCUUCUCUGUACGCUUUUUGCAAAAAAAUGUAUAAAAUGUCAUGUGAUGGGAUUGAUAGUUACCAUUUUCAAAACCAAUAAGUUACCAAGGCAUGAUGUGAUUUCGUCUGGAAAUUCGGGAGGAUUCCAUUGGCCAGAAUUGAAUAUUUGUCGGAUGCGUCCAUAAAUAUUCAAGCUGUGCAAACACAAUGGUUGCGCCUCUCCUUUUUUGUAUGUGAAUUGUAUUACACUUGUAAGUGAAUGUGUUUGUCGCAAUAAACAAGUUUUUUACAUGAAAA